GCUUCGUCUGCUCCCUCCGGAAAUACACUCUCUCUCUCUCUCUCUCUUCUGCUCUGUUCUUCUGCUACAAUAACAGAGAACAGAGGAAGGACGACGUUCAUCAUGAGUCGUCUUGCGCCGCUCUCGGAGGAGCCCAUCGACGAAGAAGAAGAAGACGCCAAGAACCGCCUGAAGAAGGGCCGGUCAUGGCGGAGCUGGCUCAAGUCCCAGCUGAUCUCCAUUUCCUCCUUCACCAUGUUCGGCAAGAAGUCCAGCCAUCUCAACGUCCUCCUCAGCGUCCUCGGCUGCCCUCUCUUCCCCGUCUCCUCCUCCCUCCACGAGUCCUCCAUUAACGAGGUGUCAUCCUCUGCGCAAUACAUCGUACAGCAUUUCGCGGCUGCGACGGGCUGCCGGAAGCUGGAGGGGAGGGUCAAGAACAUCUUCACUACCGGGAAGGUUGUGAUGGCGGUAGUGGAUGACCUUGGAUCGGGCGGCUCGGCUGCGAAUGGGGCCGCAUCCGCCGGGCAGCAGAAGGGGUGCUUCGUGAUGUGGCAGAUGUUCCCCAACAAGUGGCUGAUCGAACUAGCGGUGGGUGGCCACAAGGUUGUGGCCGGCUGUGACGGCCACGUCGCCUGGCGGCACACCCCGUGGCUCGGCUCUCACGCCGCCCGUGGCAGCGUGCGGCCUCUCCGGCGAGCGCUUCAGGGCCUAGAUCCAGUGUCUAUAGCGGUGAUGUUCUGUGCGGCACAGUACAUGGGAGAGAAGAUGAUCAUGGAUGUCGAUUGCUUCAUCCUCAAAUUGUCAGCUGACCAGAAGGACCUCGCUGAUCGGAGCGAUGCCACUGCCGAGAUGAUCAAGCACACGGCCUACGGCUACUUCAGCCAGCGAAGCGGGCUCCUGGUCUACUUGGAGGACUCCUACCUGACAAGGAUACAGUCCCCGGGGACUCACCCUAUGUACUGGGAGACUACGAUUGGGUCCAAAAUUGAGGAUUACCAGCCGGUGGAUGGAGUGAUGAUUGCCCAUUCUGGCCAGUCAUCAGUCACAAUCACACGGUUCGGGGACAACAUUGAUCUCAAGGCUGGCCCUGCAAUCACUCGGCUGGAGGAGACUUGGUUGAUCGAUGAUGUGGCGUUCAACAUCCCUGGUCUCUCGAUGGAUAGCUUUAUUCCUCCCGGCGAUGUACGGGAUCAUAAGUUCCCUGGGGAUGAUCUCGACUGUAAAUCACCGAUCCGGUGAUGGUGGGAUGAAUUUGGGGCUGCCACGGUGUGGUUGGUUCCUUGUUUAGAUGCUCUCUUUGCUUCCGUUGAGCUUGGUCAUGGUCCAGCUAAUUGAUCUGGGUCAAAUGUUCAUUUUGUUCUGUAUAUAAGUUCAUAGCAUUGAAGGAAAAAAAAAGAAGAUGCAGAGAUGAUGAGAAGUCAAUUUUUCAUGGUCCAUAGGAUGGAAUUUUCCAAAUAA